GAUUCCUUUCCUAUGAUGUCAGUCCAGCAUGUUAUUGACUGGCUUUAUCCCUAUAAUGUUUUCCUUGGAAAGGAAGGCAGGACUGCAGUCAAAGAUGCGUUAAAACGUUUUGGGCUUCAAGAUUCAGAAAGACACUCGCUUCCCAGAAGGAUUACAAAAGUAGAAAGUGUACAUGGAAACAAUCCCUUCAAGGCUGAUGUAACUGUCCAGAUUGGUGAAAAAGAGGUAACAUUCCAGGUUCCAGCUGGGACUGGGCUAUUAAAAAAGCAUCCACAAUCAGAUACUUUCAUAAGGACUUCCAGCCAUAAUCAACUGUUGGUAGAAAUGAUGCAAUCCCAUAUGGUUAAAGAUAUGUGUUUAAUUGGAGGAAAAGGCUGUGGAAAAACAGUUAUUGCUAAGGAGUUUGCUGAUAUACUGGGAUACAGCAUAGAACCUAUCAUGCUGUACCAGGAUAUGACGGCUAGAGAUUUGCUACAGCAAAGGUAUACUCUUCCUAAUGGAGACACUGCUUGGAGACCAUCGCCACUUGUUACUGCUGCCCUGGAGGGAAAGCUUGUUGUUCUUGAUGGCAUUCAUCGAAUUAACCCUGGCACUCUAGCUGUACUUCAAAGACUAAUACAUGACAGGGAACUGACUCUCUAUGAUGGUACCAGAUUGAUGAGGGAAGAUAGAUAUCAAAACUUAAAAGAAGAUUUACAGAUCUCUGAUGAGAAACUACAGGAAAGGUCUAUCUUUCCUAUCCACCCCUCUUUCAGAAUAGUGGUCUUAGCUGAACCUCCUGUUGUUGGAAGUAGUACCCAACAAUGGCUGAGUCCAGAGUUUCUCACGCUGUUUCUUUUUCAUAAUGUUCGAUCUUUAAGCAAGAGUGAAGAAAGUCAAGUUAUUAAAGAAACGAUUCCAAAUGUACCCAGUGUUGCUGUGGAGCAGUUGUUGUCAUUAACACACAAGCUUCGGGAGACAAAUGAUGCCACAGCACAAUCACUGGCUUCUUCUUUAUCUACUCGACAAUUAUUGCGAAUUUGUCGUCGCCUGUCGCAACAUCCAGAUGAAAGCCUUUACUAUGCUGUUAAUAAAGCCUGCCUUUCCAGGUUUUUACCAAACCUUGCCAGAUCGGCUUUACAUAAAAAUCUGCAGGAUUCUGGUAUUGAGACAAGUCGAGAUGACAUGAACAAACUAGAGGAAAAAGAUUACACCUGUGAAAUAAAGAAUGGGAUUCUGAAGAUAGGGUCUGUGAUGAUGCCGAUUUAUAACUCAACUGAGAAAAUGAAAGUGCCCGACGUUUUGUUUUAUGAAAAUGCACAACACAUGAUGGUAAUGGAAGAUAUGCUAAAGGACUUUCUGCUGGGAGAACAUCUUCUUCUAGUUGGCAAUCAGGGUGUUGGGAAAAACAAGAUUGUUGACAGAUUCCUUCAGCUUUUAAACAGGCCCAGAGAAUAUUUACAGCUGCAUAGGGAUACCACUGUACAAAGCCUUACCCUACAACCUUCUGUAAAAGAUGGUCUUAUUAGAUAUGAAGAUUCACCACUGGUAAAAGCUGUGAAGUUUGGACAUAUUUUGGUAAUUGAUGAGGCAGACAAAGCACCAACGAAUGUUACCUGCAUCUUAAAAACUUUAGUAGAAAGUGGGGAAAUGGUUUUGUCCGAUGGAAGGCGAAUUGUUGCCAAUCAUGCUCAUGUAGAGGGGAGAGAAAAUGUAAUAGUUAUUCAUCCUGAUUUUAGAAUGAUUGUUCUAGCAAACAGACCUGGAUUUCCUUUCUUGGGUAAUGACUUUUUUGGCACAUUAGGGGACAUUUUUAGUUGCCAUGCUGUUGAUAAUCCCAAGCCACAGUCCGAACUAGCUAUGCUUAGACAAUAUGGUCCUGAUGUUCCAGAGCCAAUUCUUCAGAAACUGGUGGCUGCUUUUGGAGAACUCAGGAGCUUAGCUGACCAAGGAAUCAUUAACUAUCCCUAUUCCACUAGAGAAGUUGUGAAUAUCGUGAAACAUUUACAGAAAUUUCCAACUGAAGGAUUGGCAAAUGUUGUUCGAAACGUAUUUGACUUUGACUCCUACAACAACGAAAUGCGUGAAAUUUUAAUCAGCACUUUGCACAAAUAUGGGAUACCUAUUGGAGCGAAGCCAACCAAUGUGCAGCUGGCCAAGGAACUGCCGUUACCAGAUCAUAAAUUUAUGGGCUACUGGAAAAUCAAUCAGCCAGGGAGUGCACAACAGAAACUGCUGUGUCCAACAGAAACUCAAAAAAUAGAUGUCAAGGGCCCUAUCUACUUAAAUAUUCAAGGAUUUCCACUGGAACGACAUGAAGCCAGGUCCCUCAGUUUUACGGAAGAACUCGCAUUUUGGACACUGCCUUUGGGGGAAGUUAACUUAGUUUGCGAUGUUACAGUAACAAAAGAAGAGGAAGCUGAAAAUGUUCUUUACGUAACUACAUGCAAUCCUGUUUCCUUGUACUUCAUGAACGUUUCUGGUAAGAGUGGAUACUUCGUGGAUCUUUAUGACCUCUUCCCAAGAACAGUUGGAAGUGUCUGGCAGCCUUUUGUGACUGUGGCACCACUGGGAAAUCCACUGAAAGGUCAAGUGGUUCUACAUGAAGAGGAGAGUAAUGUUGUGUUGUUGCUGGAUACGAACAAUGGUGCCCUUCGCCGACUUGUGCUCUUACCAGAUGCUCAAGAAUCCCGUAAGAGAACAUCUUGGUGGAGCAGCAAAGAGAUGAGCAACUACAAAAUGUGCCGAGAGUUUUCACACAAAAACUGGCUGGUGUUCUACAAAGAAGCAGGGGGAGAAAACCGCCUUAUUGUACUGGAUGUGUUAGAGGGUCAAACUCAUACCAUCUUGCUUCCCAUCAAUCUGAAAUCUGUUUUCCUGGCAGCUGAAGACCGGUGGCUUUUGGUGGAAAAUGAAAUGAAUCAGAAAUUUCUUUUAACCAAGCAUGCCCAUAUGGAAGCUGAAGACAGUGAGGUUUGCCAGCUGUAUGCACUGAGUGAAGAGCCAGCUGACAUGGGAUUUGGCUUAACAACAGCGUCAGAACUGUGUGUGCCGCACGCAGUUUCAAGUGACCAGCUAUCUUCAGAAAACCUCAGUGCAGCUGUGGGACAAAAGAUCAGCUCCCCCAACAGGAUUUUCUCAGAUGAACAUAAUUAUGCUACUGUUGUUAUUGGUUUCCCAGACCUCUUGUCUCCUAGUGAAGUGUAUAGCUGGAAAAGAAACUCCUCUCUGAGUCGCAAGCGUGUGUCUCCUUCUGAUCCCUUUUAUUAUGGACCCCGGAGGAAAACGGGAGCUGCAAAACAAACCAAUUGUGUAACUUUAUUGGCUUCUAAUCAAAUAGUCAGAAUUUUAGCACCUGGAGAUGUGCCUUUGAAAGACAUUUACCCGAAAGAUGUCACUCCUCCACAAGCUGCUGGAUACUUGGAAGUAACAGAUCUUAACUCAAAGAAAAUCAAAUACAUUGCUAUUCCUAGAUCCCAGUCUCUCUCUCCGUAUACAUCUUGGCUUUCUAAGAUCUCAGAUGCCGAUGCCCUCUUGGCGCCACUGGGCAGAGUAGGUUUGGUUAGUGUGGACAUGGGAGGCUGUGUGAGGCUUUGGGAGACCGGGCUGGACAGCCUCCAGCGGUCGCUGCAGGACUGGAGGAACAUGAUUGGCCAAGAAGAUGGUCGUCCUGUGCAGAUAACCAUUCAGAGGGACAGUGGUUUGGAUGUCAGUUCCCCCAAACAUGGAAAAGUGGAUCCAGACAACAUGCCACAUGUUGGUGGAAAUACAUGGGCUGGUGGAACAGGGGGUAGAGACACCGCUGGGUUAGGUGGCAAAGGUGGGCCAUAUCGACUGGAUGCUGGCCACAGGGUUUACCAAAUAUCUCAAGCUGAAAAGGAUGCUGUUCCUGAGGAGGUUAAGAGAGCUGCUCGAGAGAUGGGUGAAAAGGCCUUUAAACAGAGAUUGAAAGAGAUUCAGAUGAGUGAAUAUGAUGCAUCAACUUAUGAAAGGUUCUCUGGAGCAGUCCGACGUCAAGUUCAGUCACUCCGCAUCAUCUUAGAUAAUCUUCAGGCCAAGGGUAAGGAAAGACAAUGGCUGAGACACCAAGCUGUUGGAGAGCUAGAUGAUGCCAAAAUCAUUGAUGGACUGACAGGAGAAAAAGCCAUAUAUAAACGACGGGGAGAACUUGAGCCACAACCUGGGAGCCCCCAGCAGAAACCUAAACGCUUGCGCCUGGUGGUGGAUGUUUCGGGUAGCAUGUACCGCUUUAAUGGGGUGGAUGGACGACUGGAACGCUCCAUGGAGGCUGUCUGCAUGGUCAUGGAAGCUUUUGAGAAUUAUGAGCACAAAUUCAAGGAUAAAUAUGACAUAUUAGGGUAUAGCCAGCAUGGGUUUUGUAAAGGGAA